GAAGAACAGCCGCAGCCCCUGCAGGACGGGGGUAAGAGCAAGACAUUGAGGGAGCCAGACACCUGGGUCCCCAAAGACGGUUGAGACUUGUUGAUGGCUUGAGUCGCUAUGGGUUCUACUGAGGCUCCAGAGGCAGCACUGGGCUAUGUCCGCGAGUUCACUCGCCACUCGUCCGACGUGCUGGGCAAUCUGAACGAGCUGCGCCUGCGUGGGAUCCUCACUGACGUCACGCUGCUGGUUGGCGGGCAACCCCUGCGAGCACACAAGGCAGUUCUUAUCGCCUGCAGUGGCUUCUUCUAUUCAAUUUUCCGGGGUCGAGCUGGAGUGGGGGUAGACGUGCUUUCUCUGCCCGGGGGGCCCGAAGCCAGAGGCUUUGCUCCUCUUCUGGAUUUCAUGUAUACUUCGCGGCUUCGCCUCUCUCCUGCCACUGCACCAGCUGUCCUUGCGGCUGCCACCUACUUGCAGAUGGAACAUGUAGUACAAGCAUGCCACCGCUUCAUCCAGGCCAGCUACCAACCUGUAGGUAUCUCCCUACGGGCCCUGGAAGCAGAACCUCCUACACCUCCAACAGCCCCUCCACCAGGCAGUCCCAGGCGCUCUGAAGGUCACCCAGACCCACCUACUGAGUCUCGAAGCUGCAGUCAAGGCCCCCCAAGUCCAGCCAGCCCAGAUCCCAAAGCCUGCAAUUGGAAAAAGUACAAGUUCAUCGUGCUAAACUCUCAAGUCUCCCAAGCAGGGAGCCUGGUGGGGGAUAGGAGUUCUGGUCAACCUUGCUCCCAAGCCAGGCUUCCCAGUGGAGAUGAAGCCUGCAGCAGCAGCGAGGAAGGACCCACUCCUGGUUCCCAGAGCAGGCGCUCUCCAACCACUACCACUGGACAGUUCAAAUGUGGAGUUACAUCCAAUGUGCCCUAUCUACUCACACCCCCAGCUCAAGAGACCACUGGAUCACGCUUUGAGCGGGCUCAUCCACAACCAGGAAGUGAAUUUUUCAGCUGCCAGAACUGUGAAGCUGUGGCUGGGUGCUCAUCGGGGCUGGACCCUUUGGCUCCCAGGGAUGAGGAUAAGCCCUAUAAGUGUCAGCUCUGCCGGUCAGCCUUCCGCUACAAGGGCAAUCUGGCCAGUCACCGCACGGUGCACACAGGGGAAAAGCCCUACCACUGCUCCAUCUGUGGAGCACGUUUUAACCGACCAGCUAAUCUGAAAACGCACAGUCGCAUCCAUUCCGGAGAGAAGCCCUAUAAGUGUGAGACGUGCGGCUCGCGCUUUGUUCAGGUGGCGCAUUUGCGCGCGCACGUGUUGAUUCACACCGGAGAGAAGCCCUAUCCGUGUCCCACCUGCGGAACCCGCUUCCGACACCUACAGACCCUCAAGAGCCAUGUUCGCAUCCACACGGGAGAGAAGCCUUACCACUGCAACCCCUGCGGCCUGCAUUUCCGGCACAAGAGUCAACUGAGGCUGCACCUGCGCCAGAAACACGGAGCUGCUACCAACACCAACGUGCACUACCACAUCCAGGGGGGUCCCUAGCUGUUCACCUCACCAGACCCUAUUGCCCCCAGGGGUCCGGGACAGCUGCAGGUUCAGGCCUGGCUCCCCUGUGAGUCUUGGUAUGAGGGUGUGCAGGGCCAGUCUGGUAUAAGAAACUGCUACCACCUUAAUUUCUUGCUGGGGAGAGCAGGGGUGGCAGAUCCCAGGCAGAUCUGCCUCUGUUUUGCUGGUCAAAACCUCUUCCCAACAAUCUAAAUUGUCUAGCUAGGGCCUGGAAGAAGGGAGAGCCUGGAGGCUUUUCUUUCCUUAAGGGAACACCCCUCCACCUGUAGCCCCUAGUUCAUCUGGUCUAUCUGUAAAUAUAAUUUAUUGAGGCCUAUGGAUGGCACCAGGGCCUUCAUUCUAUUGCAUGUACCACUUCCCUCUUCCACAAGUGUGAUCAAAAGUGAGCUAAACACAGAAAGUGAGGUCACAGCUCUGCUGGCAGAGACUAUUAGCACUUGGCUCUCUCUUUUGGCUUGAGUGUUUUAUAUUGUUGUCAGAACUUUUAUUUUUAGAAUUGUUCUUUCUCCUGUUUGCCUGUAGGUUUGUUAAAAAUGGAGAAAGGGGUUCUCUGUGUCCUGUACCUCCAAUUCUAGGUUUGGAAUCUUUUAUUCUUGGGCAAGCCCUGAGAACAUGUGGAUUGGGUCAGGAACCCUCUCUGGUAUUUUGAAUGUUGCAGGUUCUCUAGCAGGCUAGAACUUUCCCCUGUUCUUUAAGGAUGAUAGGAACUGUUAUGUGACCCCAAUAUGGAGAUAAUAAAUGCCUCUUGAAGAGUGGGAGUGUGGGGACUUGAUUCUGUAUUGAUCUGAGUGGAAGCUAGUAGUCUUCCAUGCACGAUGAUCCAGAACCUAAACUGUUCCAUUACUCUGACCACUGGGCUUGCUGCACUGUAGCCAUCUAUCAUAGUCAAACCCAUUCAAGGGUUUGAAUCGAGCCCAUAAUCCUCCCAUAGGGGCCUGUUAGCAUUGGGUUGAUACCUCCAUGGGGGAGAAAUCCUUAUCAGACAUAAGGUAAUUGUUUUAUGAUUCUACCCAGUCUCUAAGAAUAUUAUGACCUAGAAAAAAUUAUGAAAUUCUUUACUUUGACUAAAGAGUCAUGACUCAUCUUUUACUGCACAGAUCUGUGUUUGAAUAUUCCUUGGGGUUUUCUUCACCUGAGAUGAGCCCCUCUUUUAAUGGGUUUUUGGACAUCUUCUGGCAAGGGUUCAGAUUCCAGGAACUUCUUUGUCUCUGAAUCACUUGGUAAUUUUCUUAACUUAGAAUAGCUGGGUCUGUGAUCCAGUCUUCCCAUCCCAAAGCAGUGAAUGCACUAGAACCUCCCACAAGAAGAAAAAGGGGCUCAGUUCCAUUCUAGGUUUGUUGUAGUUGGGGUUAUGAUUGGGAUUAUUGUUGGGAUUACAGAUUUAAGAGAUUGAAAAGACUAGUUGAUUGAUGGGCCACAGGCCCCUUCUAGUUGACCAAGUUGCCAGGUAAGAUUAAGAGUUUGGUUGAGGUCUGCAGUUUCUGGUGUAACCAAGGAGGUAAAAAGUUAGGAAUGGGGUUGUCUCUGGCCAAGAUGGAGUAUCUGGAAUGUUAGCUGAUUCUCUGGAGCCUUGAAUUAUAGUCCUAAUCCUUGUUGCCCUGGAACCUAUUUGAUUAUAGGACAUGGGUGGAGGGUAAGAAGCACUUUUGAAUUUGUGGGGUAGGACUUCCUCAAAUAAGUACUAGUAGCUAUCACUUGGGGACUUAUAAGCAAUCGAUUUUUCUCCCUCUUUCCAUCUUUUUCCCCAUCACAGAAUUGAAGAAGGGAGGAAAAGCAGAGAUCUGAGAAGGAAUCAUGAUUUCUGUUAGAGACUAGAUGGGCAGGU